GCGCGACGCGUGGCGCGGCGGCGGUUUGAAUCCCGGAGAGCGGGCGGGCGGCGCUGUCUGCCACGGGGAUGGCGGUGUUGCGGCCCUUCGACAAGCUCCCGGCGCUCAAUUCCGCCGUCCUCCUGCUGGUGAGUUCGGAUGAAGGCCUCCAGCAGAAGCUGGCGGAGGCGAUCCUCCGAGAGAAGAAGAACUUCAAGAUCAAUAUUCACCUUGCUACAUCCCUCCCCUUACCUUCAGAGAGGGAUCACCUUCGGCCCAGGAUAGACAUGAUUGUGUUUAUGAUUGACAUCAAGAGCAAAUACAGCUUGAAGAAUGUUGAAGCUUCCCUAGCUUAUGUGGAUGCCAGCUUCUUCCUGGGGAAAGUAUGCUUUCUUGUCACUGGGGUUGGCAGGGUGAAUUGCUGCAGCAUAGAGAUGAAUGCCAUCUGGAAACUGGGAGAAAUCUACAGCAGUCCUGUGCUAUUCUGUGAGCUGGAGAUGGAAGGGAUAAGAGUUGCCACUGCUCAGCGACUUCUCCGGAUGUUACAGAUCUGUGCUGGUCACAUACCAGGAGUUUCUGCCUUGUCCUUUGGCUCGCUGAUGAGGAGCUCUGCUAAUGAUUAGCUUCUUGUGAGAAUUCAGCCACAUUCAUCAGUUUUAUCACUUCAGGCAUUCAAGCUGCUGUAGUUGGAAUCACAUUGGGAAGCUCUUUUGCCUGACUGGUCAUGACCACUCAUCCAGAGCUGUUCUUAGUUGCUGAUCUCUCAAGAAAAGCUUGAUUCCUCUUCAGCGGUAACAUAUAGGUACUGGGGAGGAAGGGCAGUUUGAAUAUACAUUAUUGCAUCUGAAUCCCAUUUCGUGACCACAUUUGAGUUUCACCCACUUUGCCAGUGGCCAGGAGCCACGUGUUUUACUGAGAGAAUAUCAGAACAGGCCACUACCCCAAAUGCCAUGUGUCAUGGUUAAGUAUCUUAGUUUCAGUGUCCCCAAAGUACUAGAGCAGAGGCAGCAGGCUCCUGCUUCCUUUCAGUUGAAAUGUAGCACCUUGGACUAACGUGAAACCUUGUUGACAGGUUUUGUCUCCCCACCAAGAGAAGAAUGGGGAAGGAAGGCAGGCUGUCCUGCAGCUUCUACAUAGACUGCAAUUGGCAGUUAAUGAUCCAGCUGUGUGAGCAUCUGCCCAGUGAAGGGCUCAGUAUUUCCGUGCCUGAUACCUAACUGGGGAGGAAGGGACUAAAGAAGACAAUCCAGCACUCUAGCUUUCUUUUAGAUAUUAAAAAAAAAAAAAGGCUCUGUCUCUCAAGGCCACGAUAACAAGCAACCCCAGUCUAUCAAGCGCAAGAUAACCCUAGCAACGCAGCCUCCGGGGCUGACCAGAGAUGAAACACAGGAGACUGGACUACAGCAACAUAAAAAACCCCCCACGUUGUCUCUUGCAAGUUGGUCGUAUGCUGUGUAUAAUCCCUUAACUAACAGGUUCUUAUCAGCAAUAAUUCAUGCUGUAUUCUUACUGCAAGUCAGUAGUAUGUUUUGGAGUUAUAAGUUAAUAAAAUGUAUAAUAUUUAAUAA